AAUGAUCAUGAAUAAUGUUUAAGUAUUAAACGUCAACAUUAAUUCUGUAUCAGACUGAAUGAAGCGGUGCUUAUAUUUUUAAAGAGAUAUAAUAUAGUACUAAGAAACCAUUUCUUGAGCACAAAAGUUCAAAUCAUAUGAUUUGCAUCUAGGUCGCAUUUUGUUGCCGCUCUACGUUGCCAUUGGCACAUAUGUGCAGGCCAUAGCAGCUUUGAAGUAGCAACAGCACAUAGUCCAACAAUUGACUAGAUGCUGCCACGUAGCAAGAAGAAUUCUUGGAAUAUGCCAUUAGCGUAUUCGCAGUCCCUUCUGUUUCAUUCUGCCAGGCCAGCAAAAUGACACAUUGCACACGUAUGCUUUUUCUCUUCUAUUUUUAUUGUGAUGUUUUGGGGGGUAUGUAUGUAUGCUGUGAAGUUGGUGGGGAACUACACAAGAGCCAAUCACCUCUAGCUCAAUCCAUGUUGCAUUAGGCUCCAAGAUCAGGACAAUUUAGCAUGCAUCAGCCAUGAAGGUGGGGUCCACACAUUCUCUUUUCUCCACUGCUAAUCUCUUGCCCCUCCGCCAUGUGGUUUCUCUAUAAGACACGGUGUGAGGCUACACAUCAAGGCAAUUCUUAUCGUAGAUAGCAACUAAAAUGGAGACCAUGUCAUAUCCUUGUUCCCCUCUUCUCUCCCUCCCCACACAUGAAGAGAGCAGCUUUUUCAUGUGGUCUCCUCAAGUAGCUCUCCACGAGAAUGCCACCAUCCAUGUUGAUCAUCCCACUGAUCAGCAACCUGAUAAUGUGUUCUUGGACACUGCAGCUCAAGAUUAUGCUAAUGAUUGGCAUCAACAAGAUGCUUCUGAUCUUGGUGUGUUCACCUAUUGUGAUGAGAGGAUUCUGGGCCAAGAGAGUGGCAACUUGGUCGCGAUCCAGGAAGAGCUCAUGGAGGAGAACAGUUUAACUGAUCUCCUCCUCACUGGUGCAGAGGCGGUCGAGGCGGGGGAUCCAAGAUUUGCCUUGGCAGUGUUCUCAAGGCUUGAUGGCCUCCUCCUUGGCAGCCCUGAAAAUGCAGCAGCCGGCUCUUUUGAUCGCCUGGCCUACCACUUUGCCCAAGGUCUGCGGUCCCGGAUCUCCAGUGCAAGCACCAGUUGCUCUCCGCCGGAGCCACCGGCGUCUGACAGAAUGUCGGCGCAGCAGAUUAUACAAGAGCUGUCACCGUUUGCCAAGUUUGCGCACUUCACUGCCAACCAGGCCAUUCUAGAUGCCACCAAGGGCGAUACACAUGUGCACGUUGUCGACCUGAACAUUGGCGAGGGCAUCCAGUGGCCAUCGUUCAUGUCAGAUCUUGCCCGUCAUGGCGGCAUGUCAUUCCACCUCACGGCGAUCACAGCAGACGCCGACUACACCGACGGCGUUCACCAUGCAUCUGCGCGGCGGCUCUCGGAGUUCGCUGACUCCUUGAACCUCCCGUUCCAGUACAGCUGUCUCUGUUUACAUAGUGAUGAAGACCUGCAUGAAUUCUCCAAGAACUGUAAAGGUUCGGUGAUCUUCUCAUGCGACACAACAAGCAUGCCUUACAAGUUGCUGAGCAAGUUACCGGCACUCCUACCUGCCUGUGUUAAACUGUUACAGCCAAAGUUAAUGGUCGUCGUAGAAGAGGAGCUGGUUAGAAUCGGAAAGGAGGUGCCUCUAUGUAAGGCCUCCUUUGUCGACUUCUUCUUCGAGGCAUUGCACCACUUUACCACGGUGUUCGAGUCACUGGCCAGCUGCUUCGUUGGUGGUAACCAGGGGGCGUGCCUGAGACUUGUGGAGAGGGAGAUGGUGGGGCCAAGGAUACAAGACUUUGUGGGGCAGUAUGGGUCUAUGACAGUUGAGGUCACUGCUCCUCGGGUUUUGGAAAGGGAGGGCUCGUCUCAGCUCAGUGCGGAGGUUCUGAUUUCAGCAGUCGCAGAUGAUCUUGGCAGCUGUUUCAUCUCAUUCCUGGCUCACAUAAAUGGCACUCAAACUUGUGAGGAUAAUGAUCGUAGAAGGCUGGAACUCGUGUUGCUAAGGAUCCACACUGUUGUUGUGGAAGCAGAGGGGCGGCACAUCACAAAUCGAAGAGUGUUCUUGCAGCUUAAGGCACUUAUUCAGGAUCUUGGCAUGGAGGUUCUGAUUUCAGCUGUGACAGGUGAUCUUGUCAGCCGGUUCAUCUCUUUCCUGGCGCAAAAUUAUGGCACUCAAGCAUGUGAGGAGGACCGUAGAAGGCUGGAACACAUCUUGCUAAGGAUGAACAUGGUUGUUGAGGAAGCAGAGGGGCGGCACAUCACAAAUCGAGGGAUGUUCCUGCAGCUGAAGACACUCAUGGAGGGCGUGUAUCUCGGGUACUACAUGCUUGACAGGCUCAAGUUCCAACCCCUUGGAGAAGAGAGCAUUGCAGAUGAUGAGGUGAGUCACUGGAGCCAAUCUCUUGCCGUUUCUACUUUUAACACCGCCAAGCGCCUUCGUUUUGCUGUUGCUGCUUCUAUGAUGAAGAACACACCGAUAGCAUUUGGUACCAGGAGCACAACAAAGUUGAAAAGUGUUCUUGAAAGCUUAGAGGCUACGACUGCAGAUAUGAGAGAGUUUGUCGUGCUCCUCGGCAGCUGCCCUCGUCUUCCUCGCCAGCCAUACUGUAUGUACCUAUACAUGGAUAAGUGCAUGUUUGGUCGCCAUGUCGAGAAAGAGCAACUUAUCAACUUCUUGCUAUGUGAUGACAGUCGUCACGAUUGCACACAUAUUAGCAUCCUGCCGAUCAUCGGCCCACACAGAAUCGGGAAGAAAACACUGGUGCAACAUGCUUGCAAGGAUGAGAGGGUGUGCAAUCGUUUCUCCCACAUGUUUUUCUUCAAAGGAGAUGAUCUAGCGAACGGAGUAUUUGCAUUGAACAACCAGGCAGCCUCAGGGAAGUACUUGUUUGUCGUGGAUUUCAUCUUCGAUGUGGAUGAGGCAGCAUGGACAAACUUCCAAUCAUAUUUGCAGAAGUUGCCAGGUGCUGGGAUCAAAAUUGUAGUAACAGGCAGAGCAGAGCAAGUUGCAAACUUGGGGACUGCUCAACCCAUCAGGCUGAAGAGUCUGUCUCAAGAAGAGUACUGGUACUACUUCAAGGCACUUGCCUUCGGAAGCAUGGAUCCUGAUGAUCAUCCGAAACUGGCAUCUCUGGGCAUGCAACUAGCGGCGCUCCUACAGGGAUCAUUUCUUGGUGCAAACAUACUCGGCGAGCUACUAAGAGCUAAUCCAAGCACAGAAUUCUGGCGUGGAGUAUUAUCGAGCAUAAGAGGACUAGUUCGCGAGCACUUAUCGUCCUUCGGCACGCACCCAGAGGACCUCCUUGGUAGAAAUUUCCCUGUGAAUUUCGGCAGUGCGGCCUUGGUGGGUGGUCAGGCUCAGCGAUACCUGGUGUAUGAUCUUCGGGAGGCUGGCCCUGGUCAAAGUGAGCUGCCAAAACUGACAUCGCAAGAACUACUGACAGGCCGUGAUAUACCUGUUGAAGACAAGUUUGAGGUGCUAGUAUGGAGAUCUCGGAUCCCGCCUUACGGCGACUACGUUGUUACUUACGAAAAACAGAAGAAUCAUGUGGCAGUGAGAAAACGUCAGCGCAAAAGUUAAUCUGGCAAACAGAAGAGUGCACAAAGGACUUAGAUCCCCUUCCUUGUAGUUUAGUAAAUUAUUGUUCCCCUUUUUUGAGAACCUAUUAUUCCUUUUUCUAUACUGAUAUACUAUGUGUGUAUAUGCACUUUUUAGAUGGGGUAUGUGAAGUGCAGUGAGUUACUGUUGCUAGCCUGAGUUGUGUGUACGUACGUAAUUGAAGCCUCGUGUAAGGAAACUGCUUAAAACUUGUGACUACUGUGUCUCUGUGUGUGAGCAUUUCAAUGUAACUCCCCAGUAUGUGUUGGUGGCUA